AUGCCCUGCCUCCGCUCCACCAGCCUACAGUGCCGCCUGCCUGCCCUCCUCGUCCUCUUCCAGGCCGACAUCCAGGUGAUGCUGCUGGUGGGACUGGGGCUCCUGCUGGCCUUCCUGAAGCGCUACGGUUUCAGCGCCAUCGCCUACAACUUCCUCUUGACCAACUUCGCCACCCAGUGGGCCCUGCUGGUCCAGGGCUUCCUGCACCACUUCCACCAGGGCCGGAUCCACCUGGGCAUGACCAACGUGCUCGCGGCCGAGUUUGCCGCCGUCACGGUGCUCAUCUCAGUGGGGGCGGUACUGGGCCGGACCAGUCCCAUCCAGCAGCUCCUGCUGGCCCUGCUGGAAGUCCCGGCCUACGCGGCCUGUGACUGGAUCAUCACGGCUCACGUGAGGAUCGUGGACGUGGGCGGGACCAUCACGCUCCACGUGUUCGCCUGCUACUUCGGGCUGGGGGUAUCGGCGGCCCUGUACCGGCCGGGGCUGCGGACCGGCCACCCCAAGCAGGGCUCCUCGUACCAGUCCGACCUCCUGUCGCUGGCCGGCACCAUGUUCCUCUGGGUCUUCUGGCCCAGCUUCGUGGCGGUGCUGGCCCAGCCGGGGGACGCCCAGCACCGGGCCGUGCUGCACACCUUUCUGACGCUCAGCGCCAGCGCCCUGACCUCGUUCGCCGCGUCCAGCCUGCUGGAGAAGCGGGGCCGGCUCAGCAUGGCCCACCUGCAGAACGCCACGCUGGCCGGCGGGGUGGCCAUCGGGGCCGUGGCCGACCUCAUGAUCACCCCGGCCGGGGCCUUCCUGCUGGGCGGCGUCUCCUCGCUGGUCUGCGUCUUGGGCUUCCAGUACCUGAGCCCCUUCCUGGCCCGGAGGCUGCGGCUGCAGGACCAGUGCGGCAUUCACAACCUGCACGGGCUGCCCGGGAUCGUGGGGGCCCUGGCGGGCAUCGUGGCCAUCGCCAGCACGCCCGACGAGGCCUACGGGCACCAGCUGUUCCCGGUGUUCCCUCCCCGGGCCCCGCCGGGUUGGAACGGCACCCUGGUCGGGGACCUGCCGCUCCCGGCCCGGACCGCCUCCGAACAAGCCCUGUUUCAGGCCGCGGGACUCGGGGUGGCCUUCGGGGUGUCCCUCCUUGGAGGAUACCUCACCGGCUGGGUGUUGAGGCUGCCCUUCCUGGCUCAGCCCCCAGACGAUCUCUGCUUCGACGAUGAGGCCUACUUCAAAGUCCCCGAUGGGGCCGGGCCGGCCGAGUGGCAACCAGAUGCCGACCCCGGGGGCUGUGUGCCCCUGAAGGACUGUGUCUGA